AUGUCUGGACGUGGUAAAGGCGGUAAGGGUCUCGGCAAGGGUGGCGCCAAGCGUCACCGCAAGAUUCUCCGUGAUAACAUUCAAGGGAUCACCAAGCCUGCCAUUCGUCGUCUUGCUCGCCGUGGUGGUGUCAAGCGUAUCUCUGCCAUGAUCUACGAAGAGACCCGUGGUGUCCUCAAGUCCUUCCUCGAGUCGGUCAUUCGUGACGCUGUUACUUACACCGAACACGCCAAGCGUAAGACCGUCACUUCCCUGGAUGUUGUCUAUGCGCUCAAGCGCCAGGGCCGCACCCUGUACGGUUUCGGCGGUUAA